UUUUUUUAAUGCACCAGGAAGGAGCUCCUGGGUCUCCACCUCAAGCUGGGAGGGCACACAGUAAAUACUCCUCGGUUGCUUUGAAUACGUUUUGCACUCAUGGUUGUCAGGAAAAUAGCAGAUGACUACUUAUUAAUAUGUUAAUCUAAGAGAACACAUGGCAAGCCAAGUCGUAUGACUGGACCUAAGACAUCGAUAUGUCAAACAAACCAAUGAUCCAUGUGUUUUUGGGCGCUCCAUGUCCUCAAACACUUGCUUUGGAUGUCCAGGAUAAAGAACUCACCCACUGGAAAACAAUAGACCUCACUUGGCGUGACGGCAAGUUAAUUCCAAAGGAUAAUGUUAAAGAGGUCCAAAGACGUGAUGAGUGUGGUGAGGUGGUUAACCAGGGCAUCGAGGGGAGCACCAGACUGUACCCUGCUGUUGCUCCUGAGAGAGAACCUGUAGCACAAACCAGCAAAGACAAAAGUAAAUCGCAGGGCUCUCCAUCAAAAGGACAACGCAUAGAAGAAGAGGAGUGGUGUCCUGUAUCAGUGACAGAAUAUCUGGAUAACUGCUUUUCUAGCUCACAAACUGAUGUAAAUCCUGGACAGAGCAAUGAUGAACGGUCAUCUGUAUCCAUGGAGACCGAGUAUCUGAGUACAUGGACAAAAUCCCAAGCCUUGCUCCUUCAGGGCAGAGCGGCCUCAUCUUAUACAUUAGGCUUUCCUGGAGACUUCUAUUCUCCCCAUACGCCUCCCAAACAAACACCCUCAACCUCCCUUAGUUCCCCAGAAUUGUACAGUCCUAUGACCAGCCCUGAAGAGAUGGGCCUGGGAGGAACCUUACAAAGCUCAGUGGAGUGGCAUUGUGACAGUCUAAGCCAAAUUCAUCAAGAAGGAGGGGUUAUUAUGGAAAUCACACCCGACGGCAUCCUCUGCUCUCAGGGAACUAAUGUAGGUCACACUGAUAAACCUGUGGACCAUCAGGAGAUUGGACUUAACGCUGAACCGGAUGCACAGAUGUCUCCUAGUCCCACUCCUUCUAAAAGGAUCAAGUUGUCUUCAACUGUAGCUAAAACCAAAGUAACAGAACAAAGCACAAUUAAUGCAGUGCCUCUCUGUGGACCCACAACCAUUCUGGUUAGGUGUAAGACCCAUGGUGUACGGUAUGCUAUCUUGGUGGCUGUGGUGCAUCCAUGCCACUUGAAAGAGGUCAAAGUGAAAACAGGAGCUUCAGCUGGAUCCAGCAUUCCUUUGGCAACGAUCAUCGUCACAGACCAAUCAGAUGUGGAGAUGAAGGUAGUGUUAUGGCGGACCGCAGCUUUCUGGACCUUGACUGUAAAUCCAGGGGAUAUUCUGCUAGUAACAGAUGUGACAGUGCACAUGGAUAAAUGGAAGAAUGAGACUGUGCUGCAGUCAUCCUUUUCUAGUCAGCUUCUGAAUCUGGGCCAGAUCACAAGGGAACGUAUUCCACAAGCUCCACAGAACCUGAACCCUCAUACUUUGAGAGAACUGUGUACGCACCUGUGUGAGAAGCGCCCCCUGUUGGUGUCUCUUCCUCGUCACAAGCCCCAGGAUUUAAAUUCCAUCCCCUUCAUCCACCUUAGAGCAUUAAAACCUGACACAUUGGUUCAUGCUCUACUUAGAGUGAAACACAGUAAUUUAAUCACAUCCUGGCGAGAUGAGGUACAGGGUAUCUCCAGAGUAGGAGGUGUACUGAAGGCUGUUUUGACUGUGGAGCAGGGAGAUGGCUGCCUAGGAGCUGUUGUGCUUUGGGGAGCUGCUCUCUCUUGGCUGCAGCGAUUAGAAAGAAACAAAGAUGCUGUGUGGGAGUUCAGGAUGCUGCUAGUCAGACAGGAUGUGACCUCAGGUUUGCUUGAGCUGCAUUCCACUCCGUGGGGAACCUGUCAGCCUCUCUUUGCUGAUGAUAAUAGAUGCAAAGAGUUUUACAGCACUGCACGUUUAGAGAGAACUAGCCGCAGCUUUGAGAUUGAUCUCAACACUCUUCUGUCCCAGAAAUUCUCAGGUGAUGUAGAGCUGAAAGUGAAACUCUCUGCAUUCCAGUUCCAAAGCAGUCCAUCACAGGAAGCUUCGGUGAUAAUAGAUGGAAACACGCCGUUGGAAAGGAUCCUGGACGUAGUUUCUGGUGACAUCACUUUUAGUGGAUGUGGCAAGUGCUCUGCAGAGCUGGACACGGAUGAGAACGGCAUCUACAGACCCUGUUACCCCUGCCUGCCACAAACAGGAGUGCGUCGAUACUAUAGGCCAGUUGUUUUAACAGUGAGAGAUGGAGGUAGCCAAACCUGUGUGCUAGUCCCUCCUGCCCUUGUACAGAAGAUCCUUUUGAACACUCCCCCAGACAAGCUGAAUAAGAGCAUAGCCCCAGCGUCAGAGGUGAGGUUCGUCCAGGUAGUAGCUGACAGGAUUAGUUCCACGUAACGUUAUGUGGAAAACGUUACAUUGUUGCAGAUAUGUGUACAUUUCUGAAGAGCCGGUUUGGAUGAUCCCACAUCACCACACAGAAUGGCCGGAGCACUAAGGAUGGAUGACACCCAGUUUUCUAUGAAGUUUGGAGAGCCUUUACCAUAUAUGAUGGAUCUCCAAUAUCUGCAGCCACCUUUUGAGGUUAAGGCUGAACCCUAUGUGCAAGAGACAGUACAUGGACCUUAUCUGCAGAUAAUGGAGGAACCUAAACAGAGAGGAUUCAGAUUCCGUUAUGAAUGUGAGGGCCCGUCCCAUGGAGGUCUGCCAGGGGCUUCCAGUGAAAGAAACAGAAGAACAUAUCCCACAGUCAAGGUUGCCAACUAUGCGGGCCAGGGUCGUGUAGAGGUUCAGUUAGUGUCACACACAGACCCCCCUCGCGUUCACGCACACAGCCUCGUGGGACGCCACUGUAAUGACAGUGGCAUAUGCAUCAUUGAUGUGGGGCCCAAUGAUCUGACAGCACAAUUCAGCAAUUUAGGAAUUUUGCAUGUCACUAAGAGAGCAGUGGUGGAAGUUCUAACUAAAAGGUUAAGAGAAGAGAAGAGGAGGUUAAAAGAGCCUGGUUAUAAGUUUAGUGAUGUAGAGGAACAUGCUAUUUUGCAAGAAGCCAAAGAAUUGGGUAAAAGCAUGGACCUAAACAUUGUGAGAUUAAAGUUCACAGCUUACCUUCAGGACAGCAAUGGAGGUUUCACCAGAGCUCUGAAGCCUGUUGUCUCCAACCCCAUAUAUGACAGUAAAUCACCAAAUGCAUCCAAUCUGAAGAUUUCCCGCAUGGAUAAAACUUCAGGAUCAGUGCUCGGAGGAGAAGAAGUCUUUCUGCUCUGCGAUAAAGUUCAAAAAGAUGAUAUCGACAUCCGUUUCUAUGAGGAGGAAGAUGAUGGAGGGUGGGAGGCGCAUGGUGAUUUCUCCCCCACUGAUGUUCACAAGCAGUAUGCGAUCGUUUUUAAAACCCCCGCCUACCGCUGCACAGACAUCACGCGGCCCGUCACAGUUUUCCUGCAGCUCAAGAGGAAGAAGGGUGGUGACUGCAGUGAACCCAAGCAGUUUACAUAUAUUCCACACAAUCAAGAUAAAGAAGAGGUUCAAAGGAAGAGGAUGAAGGCCUUUCCUCAGCCCUACGAUCACUGGAGAGGAGGACCUCAGGGAGGAGCAGGAGGCUUUGGAGGUCCUGGAGCUGGAACAGGGGGAGGAGGGGGUGGAAUGGGCGGAGGUUAUCAAUUCAACCAGACAGUGGAUAAUUCAGGAUAUUUUGUUCCAAAUUGUGGCUUUGGGGGAGGACCACAGAUGUCCAUCUCCGCCCCUCAGACUGAUGGAUCUCAGAAUCAACCAACAAACACACAAGCUCAGCCUGGUUCUCAAAUGCAACAGCAAUUCAUUCAGAUCGCCACAGCUCUGCAAAAUCAUGCCACUUUGACAGCAAAGAGCACUGCCCGAGCUUUAUUACAGUACUGCAGUAGCGGAGAUGUGCGCCCUCUGCUGAAUCUACAGAGACAUCUGUGUGGAGUGCAGGAUGAGAACGGAGACACGCCUCUGCACUUGGCCAUCAUCCACCAGAAACCUGCUGUGGUGCAGCAGCUUAUAAAUUUAAUGACUAAAAGCCCACAGCAGAAGUCCAUCAACAAAUUUAACAAUCUCAGCCAGACACCAUUCCAUCUAGCCGUGAUCACAAAGCAGCCCAAGCUAGUUGAGAUUUUGAUGAGAAUGGGGGCAGACCUUAGUCUUCUGGAUCGAGAUGGUCGAACAGCACUUCACCUGGCCGCUCACACUGGAGAUGAAACUAUAUUACGAGUGGUCCUGGGAAUGCUGGGAGAACGUCACGCCCAUUUAGUGAACUGCGCUGACUUCUCAGGUCAGUAUCCAGUUCAUAUUGCCGUGAAGAAAGACGGAGAGCACUGCCUUAAAUUGUUGGUGGAGGCUGGAGCAAAAAUCAACAUGCCAGAGCAGAAAAGUGGCUACACUGCACUACACCUGGCAGUGCGAGACAACCUUCUAAAAGUGGCCUGUAAUCUCAUUACUGAGCUAAAGGCUGAUGUGAAUGCAUGUACGUAUGGUGGCAACAGUCCUCUUCACCUCGCGGCCAGUCAGGGUUCUCCUCAUCUCUGCUCCAUGCUGAUCGCUGCAGGUGCUGAUAAACGCCUGGAGAACGAUGAGCCUCUUUUCCUGAGCUCAUCUUCAUCAGAUGAAGAUGACGAAAGCGAAACAAAUAACGGUGACAGCCAGCUUCAAGCUGAGAUCGUUCAGCAAGUUCAGUGCAUGUCGAUUUCAUCGGAGGGAGGUGCAUUCAACCCACGCAAGAGACACGCAGCUGGACAUACACCGUUUGAUCUCGCCAAAUGCAAAAAGGUUAAAGAUUUAUUAGAUGGUAGAAAAGCUCCUAAGACUAGUCCUUUUGCUUCCAAAAGGACCAAAACUUGUACAGAGGAAGUGAACCAUAGUUUAGAUAAAGAGGUGCUUACAAAACUGUGUGAUAUCCUCAUUGAAGACAAUGUUCCCUGGAAAAAGCUGGCAGAAAAACUGGGUAUGCUCACUUUAACGCACCUGUAUCAGGAGAGCACCACGCCGUGCCAGAUGCUGCUGGAGAACUACCAGUUGAGUGGUGGUCCGGUGGAUGUCCUGGUGGAGGCACUUCAGUCACUGGGUGUGAGUGAAGGAGUGAGACUGCUAAAAGACUGCAAAACCAAAGAGGACGAGCAAAGUUCAGAUUCUACAGCAGACAGCGGUUUUGGUAGUCAGUCAGGAUUCACCAUACCCUCAUCCGUUGGAGAGGGUGUAGCGAAUCCUGCCGUGACCAAUCACUGAUCAUCAAGUUCUGUCCAUUGAGGAAAACUUGGCACUUUAUUUGGAAGCCUCGGCUCAGACUGAUGGGGCGAACGGACGGCUAACUAUGCAUCAUUUCAACUAUGUGGAAAUAUAAAGCAAAUCGCAGAAGGAUUCAGAGGAUUGUCCUGAGGUCAAAAGCAUACCGGUGUUACUUAACAAAACAUUACAGCAACACUCAGUGGCUUUGAGACACAUUCUACUGGACUUUGACUGAAAUUGUGAUCUUAGGGCAGACAUUUAAAAUACUUGUAUUUAAAGAACAACAACUUGCUUACAGUCACAUCACGGUAACAAAUACAGCUGUAGUCUUCGAAUAUAUUUGCUGAAUGUUUAAUAAGUCUGUUGUAAGCUCUUGUUUGAUAUAUGCAGCCUUUGAGAAAAGUCAAGCGUAUUUGCAGAUUGCGAAGCAAUGCAGUGAAUUUCAUCUGUUUUCUGAUAGAUCUUAAUACCUACAUUCAACACUUUUAUUUAUGUUUACUUUUGGUUGUUGUUAUGUGCUUGUGCUGUGGAUGAGUGAACAUGUGCUUGCAUGUUUUAAUAAAGCUAUUGUGUACAUUA